AUGUUUCCGUCGAGUGGCGCGCCAAUGGCUCAACCUCAAAAGCCAGAGACCUUUAUGCUCUCGAACGAGGCACAACAAAGCUUGCCACAGGAUGCGCAAGUCGCCCUGCAACAAGUCGACAACCUAAAAUACUUCCUAAUAUCCGCACCCGUGGACUGGAGCCCUGACUCACUCAUCCGAAGAUUCCUCCUACCCACGGGCGAAUAUGUCUCCUGUGUGCUGUGGAACAACCUCUUCCACGUAUCCGGCACUGAUAUCGUGAGGUGUCUGUCCUUUCGCUUCCAAGCAUUUGGCCGACCCGUCAAGAACCCGAAGAAAUUCGAAGAGGGCAUCUUCUCCGAUCUGCGGAACCUGAAAUCUGGUACCGACGCAUCUUUGGAAGAGCCCAAGAGCCCCUUCCUUGACUUUCUAUACAAGAACAACUGCAUUCGAACACAGAAGAAGCAGAAGGUGUUCUAUUGGUACAGUGUGCCUCAUGACCGGUUGUUUCUCGAUGCUCUGGAAAGGGAUUUGAAGCGCGAGAAGAUGGGCCAGGAGGCCACCACAAAGGCUGUCGCAGAGCCAGCUCUCUCGUUCGAGUUCGACUCAUCGCAAUCGCUGUUCGAACAGCUGACAAAGGCCCAGCAAGCGAGUUCGUCUUCGUUCGCGACUGCGAAUGCCAACGUAAACUACUCCCAGUCAACGUCGCCGGUCCUUCGAGCAGCGGAUUCCAUGCCUCCUCCGUCAAUGGUGCCAACGCCGAUGCCACGGUCACAGGAGCAGCCAAUGCAACCCAUGUUCACGACAAUGGGCAUGAACCCGAGCUUGCCAGCUCCGAUUGCGACCGUGGGCAUGUCGCGAGAGCAGGAUUUCUCGCACAUGGCCUAUGACCGUGCUCACAUUCGCCACGCUUCGAUGCCUGCUUACAUGGAGUAUUCUCCUGCUCCAUCCUUCGUGUCGUCGCAUUUUGAGGACUACAGCACCCGUGGGCUCUCCUACGAGCCCAUCACUCCUCCUCAACACGCCAUCCAUGGCGCAGAGCCUGCAUAUAUUGCGAAUGAGGAUACGGGUCUCUACUCAGCCAUCCCGGAAAUGCAACAUAUGCCGGCGUACAAUCCAAUGCAACAUAUGCCACCGUCAACGCUUGGGGGACCGCUCCACGUCGCCGCACCUCGACCGUUCCCACCCUCAAACGUCUACUCGGUGAUUGAAGGAUCGCCAACUUACAAGGCAAGACGGAGGCGCUCCUCGAUUCCUUCGUCCAUCAUGAAUGCCGUUGCAGCCAACGCAGUCGCUCAGGUGACGCACGGAAUCAAGACGCACGUCCCUCAGAGGCCGAGUGAUCUGCGUCGGUCGAUGUCUAGCUCUGUUCUGCCGAUUGCGGAAGGCGACGAGACUGGCGAUCAGUCUCCUCCCGACCUGGCGCACAGUUACGCCUCUUCAUUGGUAAACCGCGACCAUCUCCAUGAUUUCUCCCGGCGAAGCACGCCUUUGCCAAGUCUGGAAGAGGAUCCAUCCCAAUCCCAACUGUCGGCUGGUACGGAACCCAUGCCUAGCUUUGGAGACGACAUGCACCCAGCGUCGUUGCACGCUAGCCCCGCGGUUCGGUUGGAAAGGCCAGGGCCGAUCCGUCGAGCACGAAGUGCAACAAUGAUGGAGCUCGGUGUUCCCUACAAGUCACACUCCUGUCCUAUCCCGAGCUGUGGGCGCCUCUUCAAGCGCCUAGAGCAUCUCAAGCGACACGUCCGGACACAUACUCAGGAACGACCAUACGUCUGCCCCUAUUGCAAUAAGGCGUUUUCACGAUCUGACAACCUCGCUCAGCACCGCCGUACCCAUGAAACACAACCUGAUGGUCAGCCGGCGCCCGUAAACAGUGAAGAAGAAUUGGAGAACGAAGAGAACGACUUCGGCUCCAUGGACGAACUGUCCUCCCCCGACGAAGUUACACGGCCCUCGAGCGUCCAGGGCAUGCUGGCUAUGAGCAUGCCACCUCCGUCGACACUUGUCAUGCAACACCCUAUGACGUCUCAGCCCAUGAUGGCACCGAGUCACCUUGUUCAACCCUCGAUGCUGCAAAACUUGUAG